GACUUUCCCGCUCUUCUCUUCUUGCCAUGACCGACUUGGCAUCCAGUUGACUAUCUUCUUUGCCGGAGGCUAUAGAAGCAUUUUGUACAAACCAUGAAGUAUGCUUGUUGCCGCUGUUUAGUUACCUCGCAAGACCAUCACCGAUUUGUCCAUGCAACUCCUACGGAGUCCCUGAGGGAUGCGUAACAUGCCCUGGCCUUUGAGGGAUCUACCCUGCAGAAGCACGGCCAAACCUCAUCGGCAGUCUGUAUCGCCAACCCUAUUUUGCCCAUUCUGGAUCUGCAGGGGGUACUAUCCGAGGCUGUUAGAGAACAUGUGUUUUCCAAAGAGCUGAAAAAUGGGAACUGAAGCAGAAGACUAUCUGGGUGCUCACAGACGGCACGCCCUCUACGUCACCCCAGAGAGCCCCUCCGCCGACCUCUGGAGCACUGUGUUUGGAUGCAUUCAAGACAAUGAUUUUGAAGGUUUCGUGAAGUCCCUGGAGCUUGCUAUAGCAGCGGAAGACGAUAACACUGCAAAGCAACCUAACUCCGAGAGAUCGUCCGACACAGACCAGCCAGAACCUCCGCGACCAGCUGAAGUCGAGAUCUUUGGAUGCCAGUCGAUCCUCGCGCAUGCUGCAGCCUUUUCCGAGAAAUGUCUCGAAUAUCUUGUCGAGACGUGCUGUAGCGACGUUAAUAUACGGAGCUCAGGUUAGAAGUCCGUUGAUGUUAGAUGUCCCUUGAGACGAUCGUUAAAUAAGACAAGGAAACCUUUUAUACGCUCAUACGCGUGACAACAGUAAUACAUACAUUACGCCUAGAAUAUAACCGAUGUGGAAUUUCUGGGGUGCUACAGUCAUUCCCAACCUUAAUGUCGGAGGAUAUUGAAAUUGAACACUUUUAGCUGUGAAAGUUUGUCCGAGUGUUCGCAUGUCAUUUAUCUGAAACU